UUUCAACGCCCCACCACCAUCACCACCAGUCACCACCACCAAAAAAAAGUAAAAAACCCCUCGGCUCCUCCUUUCAGACAUCUCCCUUCUCAACGAACCGAAGGAAAUCCACAGAGAUCGUCAUCUACGAAACCCUAAACCCUAGCAUUUCUUACGUCUUGAACAGACAUCCAAAACAUCUAUAACCCCGACCGAUGUCGAUUCCGCCGCCUUCCUCAGCCUCCUCUGCAUCGCAAUUCACCUACUCAGCUCCGUCGACGUCCUCGACGCAAACGAACACUUCGUAUUUCCCUACGCCAUUUCAUCUCCAGCAGCCAUACGUUGUCGCGGCCCCUCCUGCCCCCGCCGCAGCUCCGCCUGCUGUUGGUUCCGUCUACACGGCUCCCGUUGGACCCGUUUACUCAAUCCCCCAAUUCCAGCAGGCACAGCAGCUGUUUCAGAGAGAUGCACAAACGAUUACGCCGGAAGCACUUGAAGGUGUGAAGGCUGCACUUGCAAGCAGCGAGAUUGAACACAAAGCCGAAACAAAGAAGAGAGCUGUUCCCCGGAAAGCUGCGGGUCAGUCUUGGGAAGAUCCCACUCUUGCAGAGUGGCCUGAAAAUGAUUAUAGAAUUUUUUGUGGCGAUCUUGGUAACGAGGUGAAUGAUGACGUUCUCUCAAAGGCGUUCUCCAGGUUCCCUUCCUUCAACAUGGCCAGGGUCGUGAGAGACAAGCGAACUGGGAAAACAAAGGGCUAUGGAUUUGUGAGCUUCUCUAAUCCUACGGACCUUGCUGCAGCUUUGAAGGAGAUGAAUGGUAAAUAUGUUGGCAAUCGUCCCAUCAAACUACGCAAAAGCAACUGGAAGGAGAGGACAGACUAUGAUGCAUUAGGGAGACCUAAGAGCCACCAUCAGAAGAAGCCCAAGGUUCCAAAGAAGAGCGUAUUGCACAAGUAGAGCAUUCAGUGUGCCCAGCUGUUAAUUGUUUCGAUUUCGAUUCUGUUGGUCAGGUUGCCUUAUUUUGUACAAUUUGUGAACCAACAUUUGCUAAUUGUAACUAUGAGUAAAUGACGGGUACCUAUGUUGCCCGUUCUCUAGUAGCUGUUAUUCUGUGUUUGUGCGCAUUUUCCAGGUUCUACACUACAAUCAAAUUACAAUUGUUGAAAGUUCGUAAUAUCAAGAAAUGGUGGCUUCUGAUGAUGAAUUACGAUAGUAUAUGUGAUUACAAAUGUAUGUUUGACAUUCAAAACACAUGUAAUGUAUCGUUAUACACCAGCCAAUCAAAAGCCUCUAGUAAAGCUAACAAGGUAAG